AUGGCCCGUUUCAGUGCCAAUGUGAGCGACAGCAGCGACGACGAAGACAACCUUUACACAGCUGGAAACACGAACAAGUCCUCUUCCAGGUAUGCGGUGAAAAGCAAAGCAAGGGCUCGUGAUUCGGAGGAGUCAGAGGAGAGUGAAGACGACGAAAUGCUCGAGGAUGAGGACGAAGAUGAGGAUGAGGAUGAAGACACAGAGGACGGAUCGUCAGUCUCGGGCUCAUCCAACAUGCACGAAGAAGAACUUGUCGUUUCGCGUUCACGCAGCUCUAGCAAGCAAAACAGAAACGCGCUCGUCGAAGACUCGGACGGCGAAUACCGCUACGCUCAUGAAGUCAACGGUCGCACUCGGUCUCCCACUUCAUCAAGGUCAGACUCUGAAUCAGAUUCUGAUUCCCCGUCUGCUCCACGCCACGAAAGCUCUGCUGUUAUUCCAUGGGCUAGACAUGUAGGUGUGGACGCUCAAAAGAUGCAUGUCAUGCAGACCUCGCUGUUUCGCAUGCCAGAGGAGGCAGCUGCACUCAAGGCCAUGAAUCGUCCUGCACGCUUACGAUUUCAACUCUCACCAUCAGUAAGCCGCAAACACAGCCGGGAUUCGGAAGGAGACGGGCUGCGAAUCGAUCCUCGAGAAAGGGCUUCUUUUGCGCACGAUAUAGAUCCUCUCCCUUUUCGUCCCACACGAAAAUAUUCUAGAGUGGAGAGCUCGGCAUCAUCAGUGGUGGGCAACGAGAAUGCUCUGGCUGAUGCUGGUUUAACCUUAGGUCGCUCUUUCCGCUCAGGCUGGGGUCCAAAAGGCGCACUUGUUCAUCUGGGUCAUUUGUGUGGCCCUGACAGCCAGCUAGAAAUAUCAGCCAACACAUCGGCUAUUUCUAAAACUUCAGUGCCAUUAUUCCAUGGAUCAGCAGACGAGUCUACUAGUCGGAUAUCGCGGCUGCUACAAUACCACCUUAGCAGUACAGUCAUUGCUCGGGAUGAGUAUGAUAUUCCAUUCGCUGACCCAUCGAGUGACAUGUGCUUCGCUUCUCUCGCAUCACUUUACCCACCCACCGAUCACUCCUACGAAGCUUCCCUUUUCCGACUUGGGCACGCUCUAUUUGACCAACUGGAUCUUCGAGUAGGGACAGAGCUUACUGCUGACGUCCGAAAUCGCAUAACUUCCAUUCGCCGCAAGGUGGCAUUGUCCGCCUGGUUGGAAGAGGCCGUAACACCUUCAGUAGAUGCCGAGAUCAAGCGCCAGACGUCAGCAAAUUCUGCAGCCCUCGUUUAUACCCAUUUGACGGGAAAUCAGAUAGAAAAAGCCUGUGAUGUUGCCAUGGAUGGUGGUAAUGUCAAGUUGGCGAUCUUGAUCUCACAAGCCUCAGGUGACUUCGAGUUUAGAGAGGAUUUGCGGGAACAGUUGCAAGUAUGGCGGGAGCAACGUAUAGAUGUUCACGUCGACGAGAACGUACGGAGAAUAUAUGCGCUGCUAGCAGGAAUAUUAGAUGUAGUAGAAGGAUCGAAAGGGAGCAGUCUCGAGCGAUGCAUAGACGUUGAUCCGAUCAGUGGACUCGAUUGGAAACGUGCAUUUGGAUUGCACCUGUGGUUCUCCGAGCCGAUGGAUGCCCCUAUAGCCAAAGUAUUCGAAUCAUACGAACGCUCUUUGAAGGAAUCGCCCGCACGGGUGGCAAGCCCAUAUCCCUGGUAUCUACAAAAUCAAUCACAGCACGCACGCGGCCACCCAUCUCCUAUAUCCCCAUCCUCAGCGCACCCAGAUGCUCUAUUUUCGAUGAUCAGGUUGCACGCACAGCCAUCGUGCUCCCUCUCACAGGUGCUUGCACCACUCUCUUUCGGCCCGUCACCCAUGGAUUACUCUCUACCUUGGCACAUGUAUAUUGUCCUUUCCCGCUGUAUGCGCGUACGUGAUUUCUCAGAUCGAAGUGGGGUACACAGGGAUUCGAUGAGCGGCGAUGAGGACGACGAAGUACGCCUAGAAGGGCAUAGCCCCAGUGCAGAUCUCUUAGCGAGUAGUUACGCACAGCAGCUCGAGCAGUUAGGUAUGUUACAGGAGGCAAUAUUCGUCCUACUGCAUAUCGAAGGACCCACUGGGAGAGAAAAGGCGAUCAAGGAUCUACUCUCGCGAUCAGCCGAGAAGUUGGAUGAGUGGAUGACACUGGGCGUGCUCGGUAGCUUAAAGAUUCCCCUGUCGUGGGUGAACGAAGCAAAGGCGCUGUAUGCAAUUCAUAACAGAAAAAUAUUUGAAGCAUACGAACUGUAUAUCGCAGCCGGUCUUUUCCAGGCAGCGCAUGAUCUCGCUGUCACUGAGCUUGCACCAGAAGCCAUUAUCCGUCAAGACUUCGAUCUCCUCAAAUCAUUGUUUGCCAAAAUGGUCAACAAAUCCAUCGAUGGAUGGCAUCUACGGGGCAAGGCAUUUGUUGACUAUGCACAUGCAAUGACUCGUCUUCCUGAGCUACACGAACACUUGAGUGAUCAUACAGCCAUCCCGGAUGCAUCUCAAGAGCUCGAGCUGGACGAACUUUCGCGCAGCAUACCCAAGCUUAUUGGCAUUUUACCCGACGUUCUAUGUAGCCCAUUGGAUCCACGUCAUAAAGUGGCUCUUGCCGAAAUGAUAUCUGGUCUUACCUCCAUGCUUGAUCUAGUGAAACCUCUAGCCUUGUCACAACCGCAUUUCCGGCUAAUAGUGGCUGACGAGACUACCAAAUUACGCCACCUUCAUACGACUGCGUAUGAUCGAUUCUUGAAGUCUAUUCAAGUCUCCUAUCUGUAUCUCGCAGUAUCAGGACCCCAACAGCUCGGAUACCUUGGAUGUCUAAUUUUAGGCCUGUACUGCAGUUUAGCAUAUUUUAAAAUCUACGUUACGGGAAACAAUGAAUCUUCUUCGACAGAAGACGACGAUCCAACCAUUUUUUGA